UUUCCUUUUGACCUCGCAGUGACCGCAAUCUCUUCACUCGGAGCCAGUGAAGCAACAAGCUGGGAUCGAGUGUAACAGACAUAACGGGAUAAACCAAGUGCACAGCCAUCAUCAUUCACAAACUAUUUCAAAUAAACACACGCUGUAUUCUGGAGAAAACAUGUCACAAUUGUAUAAAGAUGACCACGAUGACUGGGUGGCUGUCUGCUUGAAGUACCUUCUCUUUAUAUUCAACUUCCUCUUCUGGGUCGGCGGCGCUGCAGUCAUGGCUGUAGGGAUAUGGACACUGAUUGACAAAAGUGACUAUCUGAGUCUGUUGGCAUCCAGCACAUUCGCUGUUUCAGCCUACAUUCUCAUCUUUGCUGGAGGUCUGGUAAUGAUAACAGGCUUCCUGGGCUGCUGUGCUGUCAUCAGAGAACAGAGAAGCUGUCUCUCAGCGUAUUUUUCCUGUCUGCUGCUGAUCUUCUUGAUUGAGCUAGUGGCUGGCGUUCUCGCUUAUGUCUAUUACCAAAGACUGAGUGAGGAACUGAAGCAGCAUCUCAACCACACCAUGACGGAAAACUACGCACAGCCAGGAAAGAAUCACAUCACACAUGCCAUUGACAGACUUCAGCAGGACUUCAAAUGCUGUGGCAGCAACCACUCGUCUGACUGGCAGUACAGCGUUUACAUCAGCUCACAGGAGGCUGGUGAUCGAGUGGUGCCUGACAGCUGCUGCAAAACAAUAACACUUCAGUGUGGACAGAGAGACCAUCCGUCCAACAUCUACAAGGUGGAGGGGGGCUGUAUAACCAAACUGGAACAAUUUCUAGCCAAUCACCUUCUGAUUAUUGGGGCUGUGGGAAUCGGAGUAGCUUGUCUCCAGUUGGCGGGAGCAGCCCUGACUGCCUGUUUUAUCUAUCAGCUCUAUAAAGAAGAGGAAGAAGAGUUCUCUGACAUGUGAUUGGAUCUGUGGAAUGAUCUUUACUUUUUGCCUGUAUAGAAGAAUUAAAAUGGACCCGUACUGACGACUCCUGUACAACCACAAGCCGGGGAUAAACUGAUGCCUGCUUUUAAUCUCAACAACAAUCUUUACUCUUUGUGUUUUAGGACGUGCCUGCAUGGUUGAUCAUAUUGAAACAUUCUGCUCUAGAGCAGUUGCUUCUGAACAUUUUUUUUUAAAGCCUGGUUUUCAAAGUAUCCUCCCAAGAACAAAAAAAACAAGUAUUUUUAUUAAAGUGUCAAGACAUCUGGGAAUGUUACAGACAGUAAGAUGUCACUGAAUUGAAAAUAUGCUGCUUACCUCGCUUGAUGUAUUUUAAUUCUAUCUUGCAGAUUGUAUUCGGUUCAGUAUUGUACAAGCAAGUUUAUAAGGCAUUGUUUAUAACUAAUGCUUUUCUAACAUUCUUUUAAGAUUUUCUAAUUAUGUUUUUGUAGUUCGUUCAAGGACAGCAUUGUCUAAUUGACACUGCUUGCUAUGAGGAGGUUCAUAGAGCAUUGCUUGUCCCAGUUACUGACCAGCACCCUGCACUCUAAGGUGCUAGCUGUGCCCCUCUCUCACACAUUCGGGGCACUGACAGCGGUUACAGAUAAUUCAACAAUUCCAUUAAUCUUACUUGUUGUGUAAAUUCACUAUGUAGGUACCAUAUCAUUGUGUAGUUUUGAAAGAAACACAUGUUAAAGCGAAUGUGUUUUUUAAUUUUAAAAAUAUAUCUAAAAAAAGUU